ACUCAGUUCCAAUUUCCGAUAUCUUUCGAACGACAAAAAGAAUUUAUAGUACAAAAUAUUUCGGAAUUUAAUCAGAAAAAAAAUACACCGAAGUUAAUAUAUUUAGCAACGAAAUAUUAUGGUAAAGAUUGGUCUAAAAGUUACUAUUACUUCGAUAAACUGAGUAAUCCCUUCGUUGAUAACGGUUGUAUAGUAAAUAAUUGCCGUGUUACUAGGAAUAAAAACAAUUUAAACGUAUCAGAUGCUGUGUUAUUUCAUGCUAGGGAUAUCGAAAUGGAAGCGAUAUCAAUCAAUCGUCGAUCAGAUCAAAUUUGGAUCUUCUAUACGCUAGAACCACCCUGGUUAGAACUCGUCGACUUAAAAAAAUUGAAUAACGUAUUCAAUUGGACCAUGACCUAUAGACAAGAUUCGGAUGUGGUAGUUAAGUACGGAAUUAAAAAGAGAACGGACAGACACACGCCAGUAUUAACGAUUUGGGAAGGGAGAAAGAAUGCAGCAUUGUGGUACGUCAGCAAUUGUUGCACGCAAAGUGGAAGAGAGGAAUACGUUCAAUUGUUAAGAGAAUUUUUUCCCAUAGACAUCAUAGGAGGAUGUGGUAAAGAAGCGUGUCGACCCGCAAAUUCAGCUCGCUGUUACAAGAAAAUGAAGAAAUAUAAAUUCUAUCUUUCGUUUGAAAAUGCAAUCUGUAAGCAUUACGUAACGGAAAAAUUUUAUCAAAUUUUAAGAUAUGAUAUAAUACCAAUUGUUAUGGGAGAUGGAGAAUAUUACUCAACAAUUGCUCCACCGGAUUCUUAUAUAAACGCUAUGAAUUAUCCAAAUCCAGUAGAUUUGGCUUCAUAUUUAUGGAAAAUAUCUGAAAAUAAAAGCUUGUAUCAUUCGUUUUUUAGUUGGAAGAACCAUUACGAAAUCGUUUUACAUCCUUGGAUGUGUUCUCUAUGCGAAAAAUUGCAAAGUAAAGGAAACGUUUCCAUUGUUAAACACUUGAAGCAUUGGUGGGAGGAUGAAGCCAGAUGUAAAAAAUGGACUCUUUCCGGUUUUCUUCCUGUGAAUUCUGUAAUGUUUCCUUGUUAUCACACACACAAUUUAUAA